AUGGCUGACGGCGAGAGCUGCAGCCCGGCGGGCGCGGAGCGGGGAGAAGACUUCGAAAUUAUCGACAAAAGCCUCAUUCCCAACCCCGCCGAGCUGAGAAAUGAGGGAAGAGAGAAAGCCGCGGAAGAAGCAAGAUGGUCCGCGCCCAUCUUCUCGCUGGCUAAGAAAGCCUCGGAAAACUUAGCGCUGAGCUACGGCCACGCUCUGAAGUCUGCAGCUUUGGUAGGAUUCAUGUCCAAGCCCGUGGGCAGUGACAGCACCGCCAGAACAACUGCCCGCUGCCACGCCAUGGAGGAGCGCGCAAACCUCAUGAACAUGAUGAAACUCAGCAUCAAGACGCUCAUCCAGUCGGCCCUGAGCCUGGGCCGGACGCUGGACUCGGACUUCCCGCCCUUGCAGCAGUUCUUCGUGGUGCUGGAGCACUGCCUCAAGCAUGGGCUGAAAGUGAAGAAGACUUUUAUUGGACAGAACAAAUCAUUUUUUGGCCCUUUGGAAAUAGUGGAGAAACUUUGUCCUGAAGCAUCAGAUAUAGCAACUAGUGUUAAAAAUCUGCCAGAGUUAAAGACUGCUGUAGGAAGAGGAAGGGCUUGGCUUUAUCUUGCACUCAUGCAAAAGAAACUGGCAGAUUAUCUCAAAGUACUCUUGGACAACAAGCAUCUGCUCAGUGAAUUUUAUGAACCUGAUGCAUUGAUGAUGGAAGAGGAAGGAGCAGUCAUUGUGGGUCUGCUAGUUGGACUGAAUGUUAUUGAUGCAAACCUUUGCUUGAAAGGAGAAGAUUUGGAUUCCCAGGUUGGAGUGAUUGAUUUUUCCUUGUACCUUAAGGAAACUCAGGACAGUGAUGGCAAACAUUUCCCUUGUAGUUGCACGGUUGCCGAUCUUCAAAACAAAAUAGACUGUUUAGAAAAGACCAAUUCAAAACUCCAGGAAGAGCUUGCAGCAGCAACCGACCGGAUUGGGUCACUGCAGGAAGAGCAGCAGCAGUUAAAACAGCAGAACGAAUUGAUUCGAGAACGGAGUGAAAAAAGUGUAGAGGUAACAAAGGAAGACACAAAGGUAGAACUGGAUACCUAUAAGCAGUCACGCCAGGGUCUGGAUGAAAUGUACAGUGAUGUCUGGAAGCAGUUAAAAGAAGAAAAAAAAAUCAGGCUGGAACUAGAGAAAGAGCUGGAGUUACAGAUUGGAAUGAAAACCGAAAUGGAAAUUGCCAUGAAACUUCUAGAAAAAGAUACUCAUGAGAAACAAGACACCUUGGUUGCCCUCCGCCAACAGUUAGAUGAGGUGAAAGCCAUUAACCUGCAGAUGUUCCACAAAUCUCAGAAUGCAGAGUGUUCAUUGCAACAGAAAACGGAAGCAAUAUCAUCCUUUGAAGGCAAAACAAAUGAGAUGAUGUCUGCUAUGAAACAAAUGGAAGAGAGAUUGCAGCAAGCAGAGAAGGCCAGGCAGGCUGCAGAAGAAAGAUGCAACAAGAUGAAGCAAGAGCUUGCUGGCAGGCUUGACACUUGUCGGCAGCAGAUGUCCCAGCUGGAUAGCAAAUGCUCCACUCUGGAGAAAGAGUUAAAAUCUGAAAAAGAACAGAGGCAAACUUUGCAAAAAGAACUGCACCAAGAGAAGGACACUACCACACUGCUUAAAACAGAAUUGCAACAAAUGGAAGGACUGAAGAAGGAACUGAGAAAACUGCAGGAUGAGAAGCAGCAGUUAGAGAAGGUCUGUGAGGAACAGGAACAAGCCCUUCAAGAAAUGGGGCUUCAUCUCAGCCAAUCUAAGCUGAAGAUGGAAGAUAUUAAAGAAGUAAAUAAAGCACUGAAGGGUCAUACCUGGCUGAAAGAUGAUGAAGCAACACACUGCAAGCAAUGUGAAAAGGAAUUCUGUCUUUCAAGAAGGAAGCAUCACUGCAGGAACUGUGGUGACAUCUUCUGCAACACUUGCUCCAGUAACGAACUUGCACUGCCCUCCUAUCCCAAGCCUGUCCGUGUUUGCGAUACGUGUCACACUCUACUACUUCAGCGAUGCUCGUCCAACUCCUCCUAAGGCUCUGGUAACCUCGAGAGAACCCCUUAACAUUGGAAAAGUAGCCAUUAUUUUUUUAAUUCUGAAUUUCAGGUACCUUCUGUGCAGCAGAUGUGUUUAACUUUUCCACUGUAGGAAAUGUCAGUG